AUGACCCGACCAAUCUCCCCUGACGCUACCCACAUUCCACCCAUUCUGAAACCGCUUGCUCCUUACGUCAAGUCGCGCCAGGAAACCCUUCAAAUUCGCCAGGCGCUGACGUCUUAUUUGCGCUCAUUCAUCGAAUUCGACGAUCAGUCAAGCGAUCAUGCUCAAUCUCACCUCGCCCUGUGUGCGUCGACCGAUGGUGUGGCCGAAGUCAAACGGAUUCCUACCGACCUCCCCGGGCUGAGAAAGGACUAUCUAAAGGCAUUGGCGGCCAAUGUUGCGGCCCGAAAAGAUUUCGCCUUGGCAUCUGAGAAUAUCGCCUCAUUAAGGCGCCAGAGGACGACCCCGGACCGCCCUUCUGACGAUGCGGAUCUGCAAGAGCCCGGCACCGAACUUUGUGAAUACCUUGCCCUUCUACGCGAUCGACGCCGCCAUACCAAGCUACAGGUGUUUCAGAAUUAUCUUGAAGAAAUUAAAACACGCGAUGCGGGCAGCUUGGAGGACGUUGCCAACGAUGGAGAGCACAUGCUGUUGCCGGAGAUAGAUGCGGAUGCGGGGCGCAAUGGCUCUGACACGGACUUGGAUGAACUAGUGCAUAGCCUCGAGAGAGCAGUUGUGCGCGCGAGAACUCAAUUAGACCGCCAAAAGCAAUUGUUUGAGAAAGCCAAGGCACAACAUGAUCCUCGAGCCGAGACUACAGAUGCCAAAGCAAAAGCAUUACAAACGACCCGGGAUGAGCUAGUACAAUGGGUGGAGGAACGACUGGUUGGUCAAGGGGAUCCGGAUGAGAGUGUGCUCCAAGAGCUUCCUCCGGAGGAAAUCGAAGAGGCCCGGCAGGGAUUAGAGAAUCGCAAGAUACAAAUUACGGAGCAAUAUGCCGCAUAUCUGCGAGCCCGGAGAGAUCUCCUCGACGCGGCCUCCAGGGCUUGUCAGCCAGUCAAUGUGACCCAGAAGCCUCCGUCACGGUCAACCAACAAAAACGAACUCGUCAUACCAGAAAUCCCACCACCCAACCCAAUCGAUGUUCUGUCAUAUACAAACGAAAACCUGAUCCCACUACUUAAGAUUCAAAAAUCGCUGGCUCUCCAGAAAUCCUACUUAUCUGCCUUACUCUCAAAAGAAAAGUCCACGACCCUCCGCGCUCUCAAUCGCCUAAGUGACGAAUCCCACCUACUCCCCGAAUACCCCACCCCCGCCCGCCAGCCGCGGGCUACUGCUCUCAGCUCGCGGAUCCAGACCCAGGUCUCCGAUCAGACCCCGGAUGAGGUUGUGGGUCUUGCUGAAGCAUGGGCAUUUGCCUCUAAUGCUGCAGCUGCCAACGGACGAGACUUUGUUCAGCAAAAGAUCGCAUUGGGUACUGAGGUUGCGCAGGACGCCCGACAGACUCUGUCUGAUGUAUGUAAAACCCUCAACCAGGACUUCGAUGAGGUCAUGCUGGAGGGUCCGGGGGACCGAGAUGGGUCGGAUGCAUGGGCCUCCGAUCCUCGCUCCGCGAAAGGGAUGUCGAGGGGUGGGUCUCGGAUUGAAAAGCAACCGGGUCCUUGGUCAGGUUUGAAUGGGAGAGUGGGGGUUGUAGAAUAA